AUGGGGUAUGAUGUAGCCCGUUUCCAGGGGGUUAUUGACGAAGACCUUAUCUGUCCUAUUUGCAGAGGCGUCUUGGCAGAGCCAGUGCAGGCGCCCCAUUGUGAGCAUGCUUUCUGCAACGCCUGCAUCACCCACUGGCUCUCUGAACAACAGACGUGUCCGGUGGACAGCACUGUGCUGACGGUGGCCCACCUGCGCCCUGUACCUCGGAUCAUGCGGAACAUACUGUCAAAGCUGCAGAUUGCCUGCGACCACGCUCAGUUUGGCUGCAGUGCCAUUGUUCGGCUGGAUAACCUCACGUCUCACCUCAGCGAUUGUGAGCACAACCCUAAGCGGACUGUGACCUGUGAACAGGGCUGCGACCUGGAGAUGCCCAAAGAUGAACUGUCAAAUCACAACUGCAUUAAGCACGUGCGCUCAGUGGUAGAGCGGCAGCAGACACGCCUAGCAGAGCUGGAGAGGACGUCAGCGGAGCACCAGCACCAGCUGGUGGAGCAGAAGCGAGACAUCCAGCUGCUAAAGGCGUACGUGCGGGCCAUCCGCAGCGUCAACCCCAACCUUCAGAACCUGGAGGAGACGAUCGAAUAUAAUGAGAUCCUAGAGUGGGUGAACUCCCUUCGACCGGCUAGAGUGACCCGCUGGGGAGGGAUGAUCUCGACCCCAGAUGCUGUGCUCCAGUCUGCGAUCAAGCGCUCCCUGGUGGAGAGUGGCUGCCCUGCCUCUAUUGUCAACGGGCUGAUUGAAAACGCCCAUGAGCGCAGCUGGCCCCAGGGUCUGGCCACGCUAGAGACAAGACAGAUGAAUCGCCGCUUCUAUGAGAACUACGCGACCAAACGCAUCCCUGGCAAGCAGGCUGUGGUCGUGAUGGCCUGUGAAAACCAGCAUAUGGGCGAUGACAUGAUGCAAGAGCCGGGCCUUGUUAUCAUAUUUGCUCACGGUGUGGAGGAGAUGUAG